UGGAGUAUUUGUAAAUUUGUAAAAGGUUUGAUAUAUAUGCAAAUUUUUAUGAAACCAAUUCCUAUAUUUAGAAUUAUAAAAAAGAAAAAAGAAAAAUUAAAGCUCUGACGAAUCUCAUCCAUUUCUUUCUCUUCUUCUCUCCUCCGGUUCUUGGAAAACUCCACCCCUAGUCCUCUGUUGGCCGGACCAGCUUCAACCUUCAAGAAGCUUCCGGCGGCGCCUGCACCGCAGCCUCUUUGACGAUUGCCACCUUCCAGGUAGCCACGCCACUCUUUUCCAGAGAACCCACGGCGUUUGACGAUUUCAGCGAUUUGGUAUCACCAACCCAAGCCAUGCCAAUCGGUGAGCUUCGAUUUUCAUCUCAGUCUCCGACAGCAGUGGUGGAUUCUACUAUGAAUAAUGAUGAGACAUGGCUCUGGGGGCAAAUCAAAGCAGAGGCACGGCAAGAUGCGGAGUCAGAGCCAGCCCUGGCUAGCUAUCUCUACUCGACAAUUUUGUCGCAUUCAUCACUCGAGAGAUCACUUUCGUUUCAUUUGGGGAACAAACUCUGCUCUUCCACGCUUCUUUCCACUCUACUUUACGAUCUUUUCCUCAACGCUUUCUCCACUGAUUAUGGUCUACGAUCAGCUGCUGUCGCUGAUUUGCGAGCAGCUCGUGAACGGGACCCAGCCUGUGUUUCAUAUUCACAUUGCCUUCUCAAUUACAAAGGUUUCUUAGCCUGCCAGGCUCAUCGUGUGGCUCACAAGCUGUGGAAUCAAUCACGUAGGCCGCUAGCACUAGCACUUCAAUCACGCAUUGCUGAUGUCUUUGCUGUCGACAUUCAUCCUGCAGCAAGAAUUGGGAAAGGCAUUCUGUUCGAUCAUGCUACUGGUGUAGUGGUUGGUGAGACAGCAGUGAUAGGCAACAAUGUCUCAAUUCUUCAUCAUGUCACACUGGGAGGGACAGGAAAGAUGUGUGGAGACAGACAUCCAAAGAUUGGGGAUGGUGUCUUAAUUGGCGCUGGAGCAACCAUUCUCGGCAAUGUGAAGAUUGGAGAAGGAGCUAAAAUUGGGGCAGGAUCUGUGGUGCUCAUUGAUGUGCCACCACGAACAACUGCCGUGGGAAAUCCCGCAAGGCUGGUGGGGGGGAAGGAGAAACCAUCGCAGCUCGAGGAUAUUCCUGGAGAAUCCAUGGAUCAUACUUCUUUCAUAUCCGAAUGGUCAGAUUACAUAAUUUGAUAGUGUUUUAUACAAAUGAGUGGUUCUACAUUUUCGUCUCUCCGGCAUUGCAACUGUGGAUUUUACUUUCCAUUUAUGCCCUUGUGAUUACAAUAACCAUUAGAGCAGAUACAUCGACACUCUUUUAGGGGAGGCUUCCCCUGUAGUAUAUUCACACUCUUUUGCAACUUCUUAUCAGAGAAUACAUUUUGGCAAAUAAAUAAAAUGCAAUAACUUAACAAAUA